AAACACCGAACAAGGAGAAGAGAAGAGAAGAGAGAGAGAGGAGAGAAAACAGAGAAGAGAGAGACACAAAAAGCCAAAUAAUUGUUCAUAAAACCCCAACGUUGUGAAGUGAAACGUUUAAUAUUUUUUUUUUUUCAAAAGAGUUCGCAAUCUCACGCAACAAAGGACCUUUUCCCCUUCUUCUUUGGCUUCGAUUUUAAGGCUUCAAGUCCCUCCCUCUCCCCCCACACUCCGAGUCCUGUAGGAGUGAGGGAAGGAAGCACAAGGAAGCGGUCGCCUCGUCUGCCACGAAGGAAGAAAGGAGAAAGAAAGAAAGAAAGAGAGAGAGAGAGAGAGAAAGAAAGACAAAGAAAAUCCCGUUUUAUUAUCAUGGGCCGUUUUAAUGAGGUCUGCUGUCCUCAGCAUCCAGAAGCACAUUUAAUAGAGGAUUACCGUGCUGGUGACCAGAUCUGCUCAGAAUGUGGCCUGGUUGUUGGUGACAGAGUGAUUGACGUGGGUUCAGAGUGGCGUACAUUCAGCAAUGAAAAGGCCAACAGUGACCCUUCCCGUGUGGGAGGUGCGGAAAACCCACUCCUAAAUGGCUCUGAUCUCUCCACCAUUAUUGGACCCGGCACAGGCAGCGCAUCAUUCGAUGGGUUCGGAGGGUCCAAAUAUCAGAACAGAAGAUCUAUGUCAAGUUCAGACCGUGCCCUCAUUAAUGCCUUCCGAGAGAUCAGUAACAUGGCAGACAAGAUCAACCUGCCAAAAGCCAUUACUGACAGAGCAAAUAUGUUGUUCAAACAGGUGCAUGAUGGCAAAAAUUUGAAAGGCCGUAGCAAUGAUGCCAUCGCGUCGGCUUCCUUAUACAUAGCCUGUCGACAGGAGGGAGUACCCAGAACCUUCAAAGAAAUUUGUGCUGUGAGCAAGAUCAGUAAGAAAGAAAUUGGACGAUGCUUCAAACUUAUCUUGAAGGCUCUGGAAACCCAAGUUGAUCUCAUCACCACCGGAGACUUCAUGUCAAGGUUUUGCUCGAAUCUUGGCCUCCCGACAGCUGUCCAGAAGGGUGCCACCCACAUUGCCAGGAAAGCUGUUGACUUGGACAUCGUUCCUGGAAGGUCACCCAUUUCCGUAGCAGCAGCGGCAAUUUACAUGGCCUCACAAGCUUCAGAGGACAAGCGAACUCAGAAGGAAAUCGGUGACAUUGCUGGUGUUGCAGAUGUCACCAUCAGACAGUCAUACAAGCUUAUGUACCCAAGAGCAAAGGAGCUUUUCCCAGAAGACUUUAAGUUCUAUACACCUGUGGAUCAGCUGCCACAGUUAUAGAGUUCCAGUGUUUUACAGAGGAGCCCUUGGGAGAUGUCACUAACGUUUACAUAUAGUGGGUUUGACCCCCAUUUUAUAGGAAUAAGUACCUUGGAAGUUU